AUGAAGUAGAGAAACAGUGGACAGUGGAAACUAAUCAGAAGAGAGUUCAAGACCUCAAGGUGCAACGAACUUGAAGCCAACAAAGGAGAAACAAUUGGGAGUAUACGAGCCGUUGCUGAGUUUAGACUACGUACUGGACAACCGUUGAUGAGUUUAGACUACGUACCGAACACGAUUGCCUAUAAACACCUUCACAGAUUGGGAGUAUACACUCAACUCACAUGUACACCUUCACAGAUUGGGAGUAUACACUCAACCCACAUGGACCUUCACAGAUUGGGAGUAUACACUCAACCCACAUGCCCCCUUCACAGAUUGGGAGUAUACACUCAACCCAUAUGCCCUUUCACAGACUGGGAGUAUACACUCAACCCACAUGCCCUCUGGAUUGGGACCUUGGGAGUAUACACUCAACCCACAUGCCCCCUAUGUAACCUUCAAGAGGAAAUGGAGAAGACCCACCUGAUUCGGUGUCCCACAGGAGAAAAUGAAGAAGACCCACCUGAUUUGGUGUCCAGCACUAAAGACAACGACGGAAACCCAGAGAUACUGGGAAGCAAAAAAAAGCCAGAGAUACUGGGAAGCAAGACGACGGCUAAAUGAACUGCUAUUAAUUAACUGCUAUAAAUGUACCCCCCUUCAUGAACGUAAUUAACUGCUAUAAAUGUAUCCCCCCCCCCUCUUGGGGUAGGAAUUAACUGCUAUAAAUGUCCCCCCCCC